AGAGGAGGAGGUGGAGGUGGUGGAGGAGGAAGAGUGCGCGUCCAGAGGAAGAGGAAUGAAAUCGGUGUUGAUAUGAGGAAAGAAGAAGAGUGUUCGAUGUUCGUUCAUCCACUCGUGGAUGCGCAACGUGGAUGACUUUUCACGAUUCUUCGAAAAAGAAAAAAAAAAAAAAAGAACAAAAUCGGUGAUAUCGCAGUGAUCGAGCGGAGAGACAGAAUUCCCGUAUUCCGAUAUAGGAAUGAUCGUGCGUUGAUAAUUCGUUAAACGAAUAAGUGCACGGUGAUCGUGUGCUCGAUUGACUGACGAUUAGUAUACACGUACACAUAUAUAUAUAUAUAUACAUACAUAUGUGUAUAUAUGUAUAUAUAUAUCGUCUGUGCUUGUUCAACGAAGUGAGUAGAACGUGAUUAAACGAGGAUUUAUCGCACGGUGACUCUUUUUUAUAUAUCGAUCGCGGGCAAAGAUUCUAACGAGACCGACGAACGAAAGGAUAGAAUUUCGUACACGUUCGCGUUUGUCGCGAUCGUCGCUAACGCGAAAGAGGAAAAAAAAGAAAAGUGGAAGGGAAGAGUGUCGGUGCAGUGUCGCCGACUUCUCGGUGGUGCGAUAGAGAAGGUCGAAAAAGGGCGAGCAACUUGUUCCUUCCUUUUUUUCCCCCCCUCCCACUCUUUUCCUUCUUUUUUUGCUUAUGAUCGAGAAAAGAUCGGUUUCCAUGCCAUCCUGUUGCCGCGUGGAAGGGAAAAGAAGAAGGGUAUCGUUAUUCCUCGUCGCGUAGCGUUCGCGGGUAGCGCGCAACAGCGAACACGCCGCCGACUCGUUUGCCCGGCGUGGUGGAUAACGGAGGAUUCGGCACGAGUGAUUAACCGCGUUGAACCGUGCACGAGUCCUUCUCGGCGUUUCGUCGAAUUUCUUGACGUCGAGCGGUACAAGUAAACGGCGGCAAACUGUACGGGCACCGGGAAGAAGAAAUGCUCACGAUGGAGACGGACCUGAAGGGCGGCAGCCUGCACGGUCAAAUGCCACCGCACCAAGGUGUAUCGCCAAUGGGCCAUCAUACCGGAGUUUCGCCUUACGGCAGCCUCGGCUCCAUUGUGCACAGCCCGGCAUUGUCUGGAAGUCCUCCGAGCACCGGAGGCCUGGGCCUAGGCUUGCCGCACCACCAUCAGACCCCGCAACACCACUACGCGUCGAUGCAGGCGGCGCAGCAACAGCAACAGCAACAGCAGCAACAGACGAUACACUCGUUGGCCCAGCAAAACGCCGGCCAACAGCAGCAGCAGCACCAACACCACCCUCACCAACCCCCCCAACAACAGUCUCAAACUUCCCACCAUCAAUCCGCCAACAACAACAACAACACCAGCAAGAACAACAACAUCGAUCGCGUGAAAAGGCCGAUGAACGCGUUCAUGGUGUGGUCCCGCGGGCAACGGCGAAAGAUGGCCCAAGAGAACCCCAAGAUGCACAACUCGGAGAUAUCGAAGCGUUUGGGCGCCGAGUGGAAACUGCUGAGCGAAACGGAGAAGCGUCCCUUCAUAGACGAGGCGAAACGAUUGCGCGCCGUCCACAUGAAGGAGCACCCCGACUACAAGUACAGGCCGCGGCGCAAGACAAAAACCUUGCUCAAGAAGGAUAAAUUCCCCCUCGGUGGAGGAGUGGCGGGCGUUGGUGGGAUGUUGGGUGUGGAUCAACGGCAAGUCGGCGGUAACGGCGGGCCCCAGCAGACCCAAUUGUCGCGCGACGUGUACCAAAUGCCCAACGGCUACAUGCCCAACGGAUACAUGAUGCACGAUCCAACGGCUGCUUAUCAGCAGCACGUCGCGUACGGGAGCCACAUGGGCGGCGCGGCAGCGGCAGCGGCCGCUUCGGCGGCCGGUUAUCCGAGGUACGACAUGGGCCACCACAUGGGCGGCGGUAGCCCGAGCCCGAUAAACAGCUACAUGAACGGUUACGGUGGUUACGGGAGCACCACCGUGCCGGGUGGAUCGCCCUCACCUUAUCAUCAAGCGCAGCCGGGAUCUCAAAUGUCAAGCCACAGUCCCAGCGGUAGUAGUAUAAAAUCGGAGCCGACGAGUCCCGCGAGCGGUGGGAUACACACACCGACGCCCACGGGCGCGUCGUCGACGGCUGCCGCCGGUGGCCAAAUAGUUAAACGGGAAUACAUGGGCCAACAACAGACCCAACAAACUCAGGGUGAUCUCAGGCAAAUGAUCUCCAUGUAUUUGCCUCAAGGAGUGGAACAGGGAGUCGUCCAACAUGGCGCCGGUGUCUACUCACCUGGACCAUCUCCCGAUCCCUUGGCGCAGCAUCACACGGCGAUUCCACCUCUAACGCACAUGAUAGCUUAGAUACAGAAGAGAGGACAACGUGCGUAACACUUUGGGACAACUUUGAAAGUAUGAAGAUGAUGUUCUAACGAGAGAGAGAGAAAGAAAGAGAAAGAGAGAGAGAACGAGUACAAGUAAAAAAGAAAGAAAAAAAGAAAAAAGAAACAGAGAGAGACAGAGGAAGAAGAAAAAGAAAAUAUAAAAAAAGAUCGACCGCGAGAAUAACAUAUUGGGAUUGUUAUAAUACGCUGAUGAAUUCCGGAGACCGUGGGGGCCGAGACGAGAUCGUCGAAGAUUUCUCGCAAUCUUUGGAGAAACGACGAAGGACUGAAAGAAAAGAAAAAAAGAAGAUAAAAGAAAAAAAAAUAAUAAUCAAGAGAAAUGAAAAAUGAAAAAAAAGAAAAAAAAAGAAAUUCUUCCUUCUCACGAUUCAAGCGCGAUCCGAAGAAUUCAAUCAUCAAGGAUUCGAGGAAUUAUUCGUGUACUAUCUAACGAAUUAGAUACACGGGGAAAAAAAAAAUAAAAGGAAUAAUCGCGUUCUCGAGCGAUCGAUAUAUAUAUAUAUAUAUAUACGAUUCACGGAAGAAAUUAUCAUCGUUGGAAUCGCGCGCGUCCUCGAUCGAGGACUUCCGAUCGUUUUCUUCCCAAGCUUGCGACGAAUCUGCGCCCCCACGCUCUUUUUCGCGCCUCUUCUUCUCUGUUUUGCAGGGAGCGUUCUCUACUUUUUUUUUUUUUUUUUUUUCUUUUUUUUUUCUUCUAUCGACGCGAUGACACAGAGGAGGCACGAUAAGUCGUUUCCUUGAAUCCAACGGAGACGCGAAGGAAGAGGGAGGGACAAGAAGAAGAGGGGUCCUCGCGGAAUAAAUUCGGGAAAAUGGGAUGGAGAUGUGAUCGGUGAUUCGCCAAUGGGUGUUUACAUUGUACACGGGCAAAAUGCGAGAAGUAGAACGAGAGUAGAAAAAAAAAUGAACGAUAGAGAGAGAGAGAGUGUGUGAAUGAGUUAGAGAGAAAGGGAAGCGAGAAGGAACGCGAACUGAUUAAACUUCUUACUGUGAUAAAGCAUGAAAAAAAAAAAGUUGAAUGCUGCACAAUUUAGCUCGCGUGUAAGAAAUAGCAGGGUAUAGUCGCCGUCAGGGAUUCGAUAGGAAGGGGAUGAUGAUGUGAAAAGUAGAGGAAGAAGUAUAUCGCGGGGGAAAAAAAACAUCGAACGAGAUAUAACAAUAAGCGUAAUCGUGUGUGUGUAUAUAAAUAUAUAUAUGCAUAUAUUUAUAUAUAUACAUAUUUAUAUGCGUAUAUGCAUAUAUAUAUAUUGAUAGAUUAUAACUAGAAUUAUAUAUUAUACUAUAAUUAGAAUUAGAAUAAGAGAUAUGUAUCAUAUUUUCUACCAGCAAUAUUCUCCUCUUUUCUCUUCGGCGACGUCUCGUUCGACGUCUACUACAUUUUUUUUUUCCCUACCAUUUUUAAUCGCAUCGUUCAUCACUGAACGAACGAAUAUGUGUAUGUAUACGGAGAGCAAAGAGAGAGAGAGAGAGAGAGAAUGAGUGAGAAUGAAUGAGAGAGAAAGAAUGAACGAGAAUGAACGAGAGAGAGAAAAAGUGCGCGUAGCGAGACUCGAUCGCUAGAGAUGAUGUUGAUGAUGAUUUAAGCUUGAAGAAGCGAAAUCCCAAUUGCGUAUCGAUCGAAAAAGGACGAGAGAGAGGAAAGGAAAAGAAAAGGAGAAAGAAGAAAAGGAAAGGGGGAAAAAUGGAACGGGAGGAGAAGAAAAGAAGAAAACAAUAUUUAUCGCGCAUAUCGUGCAUCCCUCCCCCACCCUCCCCCACAGUCGAUCCUGCGAGCGUAGUUCACAUAGACGAAAGAAUCCUUUUCGGUGUGAUGCCGAGAAGAGUUUUGUGCGUUCGUAUGCGAGAGUGGGAAAUUGUUGUGGAAGUAGAUUGGUCGUUGAUUGUUAACCCCGGAUCCUUCUCUUUCUUUUAUGGUAUUAUAAAAACCUUGUGCCUUCUUUGUCACGCGAGAAAAAGAGGAAAGGAGAGAACUUCAAGGGUACUCAUUACAAUAAAGUACGUUUUAUCAGCA